AUGGCGGCCCUGGCCUACAACCUGGGCAAACGGGAGAUCAACCAGCACUUCAGUGUGAGGAACGCCAAGCUAUUGGCCCUGGGCGCCGCCCUCCUCCUCUCCGCCUGCCACGCUGCGUCCCGGGCCUACAGCCGAGGAGAUGAUAUACAGUGCGGUACCUUAUAUCCAGCGGCCCGCUUCCUCGGGGAAAACGUAUGGCAGCCAUACAGCUGUAUGAUGCACAAGUACAAGUCCAGUGAAGGCAAAAGCUGCUUGGCUGAUCGACAUGUAGCAUUCAUAGGAGAUUCCAGGAUACGUCAGCUCUUCUAUGCUUUUGUCAAGAUUCUCGAUCCACGCAUAAAAGAAGAAGGGAUCAAGCAUGAGAACAUUCCUUUCAGAGAUAAGAGCAAUAACAUACAAGUGGAUUUCCUGUGGUAUCCAGAGGUGAAUGCGUCAAUGAAGCAGUAUUUCCUGUCUCUGAGCGAGAGUACAUCAAAGCCGGAUGUGAUCAUAGCAGGAGCUGCCACGUGGUCCAUAAAAAUCAACAACGGCAGUGCAGAGUCUCUUGCGCAGUACAAGGUGAACCUGACGGAUAUAGAACCCGUCCUAGGAAAGCUGUCUGACAGUAGUGAUGUUUAUUGGGUCUUACAAGAUCCAGUUAAUGAACAGUUACUAAGUGAAAGUCGUAAAAUCAUUACCAAUACGAGAAUCGAUGCGUAUAAUGAAGCUGCAGCAGCAAUAUUAAAUGGUACCAAUAGGAGAUCAAGAUCAAAAAUCAAAAUCUUCAGUGUCUCCCGACUGAUCUCAGAGGAGACUACAGAGCAAUCGAUCGAUGGAUUGCAUAUCCCAGAGACCAGCAGAAAUAUAAAUGCCAUGAUCCUGAUGAAUGCCUACUGCAACAGGAUAAAAAAAGCCCGUCGAUGGCUCCUGCUGCCAGCCCACUCCCCCCCUCACCAUCAUACAGAAGUUGGCGGCUUGUUUCUUCACGCUGUCUAUUGCGGCCUAUGUGGCGAUCACUGUCAUCCAGCGGAGCAAGCAUCGGAGAAGCAAGAUGUGUACAGACAUAGAGAGCGGGGAGGAGAAGAAGCCAGCUACAGCCACCCCUGCGGCCUCAACCCUAGAAGUUGCUCUGUUCUCCUUCUGCAAACUCGGCCUGAUCAUGGCUUACUUCUACUUCUGUGACCGAGCAAACCUGUACAUGAAGGAGAACAAGUUUUAUACCCACUCUUCCUUUUUCAUCCCCAUCAUCUAUAUCCUCGUGCUGGGAGUUUUCUACAACGAAAGUACAAAAGAGACGAAGCUACUGAACAGAGAACAGACCGAUGAGUGGAAGGGUUGGAUGCAGCUUGUGAUCCUCAUCUACCAUAUCUCCGGAGCCAGCUCUUUUUUACCAGUGUACAUGCAUGUCCGGGUCCUGGUCGCUGCUUAUUUGUUUCAGACGGGCUAUGGGCACUUCUCCUACUUCUGGCUAAAGGGGGACUUUGGACUCUACCGUGUUGCUCAGGUCCUGUUCCGCCUCAACUUCCUGGUGGUGGUCCUCUGUAUAGUGAUGGACCGGCCAUACCAGUUCUACUAUUUUGUUCCUCUCGUCACCUUCUGGUUCAUGGUGAUUUACGCGUCAAUGGCACUGUGGCCACAGAUCACCCAAAAGAAGGCAAACGCAAACUACCUGUGGCAUGUUGGCCUCAUGUUAAAGCUUGGUUUCCUGCUGCUAUGUAUAUAUUUUCUGUCAUGCUCUCAGGGUUCUUUCGAGAAUAUAUUCUCCCUCUGGCCAAUUUCUAAACUGUUUGAUCUGAACGGCAACGUCUACGAAUGGUGGUUUAGAUGGUCAUUAGAUCGAUAUGCUGUGUUUUAUGGCAUGCUGUUCGCCUUCGCCUACCUGGCUUUACAGAAGCAGCAGGUCCUCCAUGAAGGAAAGGGGGAGCCUCUCUUCUCCACCAGAGUGUCCAACGUCUUACUCUUUGUGUCUGUGGUCUCCUUUCUGACAUACUCAAUCUGGGCCAGCAGUUGCAAAAACAAGUCAGAUUGUAAUGCGAUGCACCCCUCCGUCUCUGUUGUACAGAUUUUAGCCUUUGUCCUGAUUAGGAACAUUCCUGGAUAUGCUCGCUCUGUGUACAGCUCCUUCUUUGCCUGGUUUGGUAAAAUUUCUUUAGAGCUCUUCAUCUGUCAAUACCACAUUUGGCUGGCAGCGGACACCAAGGGCAUACUGGUCCUCAUCCCAGGGAACCCGGUGCUCAACAUCAUCAUCAGCACGUUCAUCUUCGUGUGCGCUGCCCACGAGAUCUCUCACAUAACCAACGACCUGGCCCAGAUCUGCGUACCGAAGGACAGCUCGGCCCUAUUCAAGAGGUUACUGUGCAUCUCUGCCUUCUUCUUUUCAUACUCCUGUUUUUAUCAUCAGUACAACAUU